GAUUGGUUAAGGUGAUACUCCGGUAGCUAACCAAUGUGGUGGUGGGACAGUAAACAGUAAACAACCGGCUCUUCCCGGUUUGCGCUUCAGUUCUUUUCCUGCGCACACGAAAGUUUAAGUUAGCUAUUAGCUACAAGGUGAAUCAUGAGGCUCUACAUUCUUAUUCUGGUGUCCGUGUGUGCAUGCGUGUCCUGGGCUGCUGUUAUUUCACCUCACCACAUGUGGAGCAAACUGAUCCUGACCCACCAUUGGCCCGAAACCUUCUGCUCUAUGGAGCACUGUCACCCAAACAUCAGCUACUGGGCGAUACAUGGACUCUGGCCAGAUAAGGGCAUGGACUGCAAUUCUUCAUGGCAUUUCAACUCUUCUCUGAUAGAGGAUCUGCUUCCUGACAUGAAGAAGAGUUGGCCUGAUUUGCGUAAACCCACAUCUGUCAGCUUCUGGAAGUACGAGUGGCACAAACAUGGGACUUGUGCGGCCCAGGCAGAGUCUUUGAACAGUCAGCACAAGUACUUCAGCAAAGCUCUGGAACUCUAUCACAAAUUGGAUUUGAACAGUGUCCUGGAGAAGUUUGGGAUUACCCCCUCUGACAAGUACUACUCGUUUUCACAAAUUGAAGGAGUGAUUGAAAACUUCUAUGGCAUCAAGCCGAAGAUCCAGUGUGUCCAUUCAUCCAAGACUGCAGAUUUCCAGAGUUUGGGUCAGAUCGAGAUCUGCUUCGACUCGGAGUUCACGCUGAUGGAUUGUGAGAAACAAUCAACGGAGGAAACCUUUGCUAAAGCGGGCUGGGACCAUGUUGGUGGUGCUGACAAGGCUUCAGGAUUCAGCGUGUGUGCUCAUGACAUCCCAGUGUAUUACCCACCACUUCCUUGAACACUGAUUUAAGUUGCAACAACACACAGUCUCAUUUUUCAGAACAUUAGUUUUACGUUUGUUGCAGACUAAGUUUACCUUUUAAAAAUACAUGGCACUUAUGUCUCUUGUUCUUUUUGCUUUGACUAUCCUCCAUGGGCGGCUGAACAUCUUCAUUCUCACUGUCGGAGAAUUGAGCCACAUUUAUUUUUAGGAGCACUAGGGUUUGUUUGUUUGUUUGUUUGGUAUGACCUUUCACAUGUGCCCAGACCUAGAAACAAACUGGUGCAAACCAAACAGCCUAAAAUGAAUGUUUAGUCUAGUGGAGAAGGCUUUAGAAAAACUAAAUGCAUCAGGAUCAUUUCUUCCUAGUUAUGUUUUUGUGCUGCGUUUCAUCAUUGUUUCUUUUUGCUUGUGUUUGUGCCAUAUUUUUUCUUUAAGCAAAUCAUGAAAAUCCUUAUUGUUUAUGAAAAACAGAUUUUUCCAUAUUUUGAAGCUUGUUUGCACAGAAAUGUGGAUGAAGUGCACUUUUUGGGCAACGAUUUCAGUCGCCUGUAUUGACUUUCCCUCGUAACCUCUGUUGUUUCAUGAAUCGUAAACUACUUGAUCCUUUUUGAUUUUAUUUUAAUGUCUGAGUUUGAUUAUUUGCUAAGUAUGUGCCUCAGUAUUUUGCAUUUCCACAUUUGGUGUGUGUUUGUCAAAUUUUCAUUUGUAGAACAUCCAGAAUGAAUUGAGAAAUGUCAAAAAGCCUUAAUAAACAUGUCACUCAAA